GACGCAGCAGCCCGACGGCGAAGGCGGGGCGGGGGAGAGGAAGGACGGUGUCCAAUUUGCAGACGGGCGCUGGCCACAGCGACACGCGCCUGAGGAGGGCCGCCAUGGUCGCGUCUUCGCCUCCACAAGCGCGGAAGCUCUCCUACGCCGAGGCCUGCGCUCAUCGCGAGAGUGGGCGGCGCGACAAGGCCUGCGGAUUGGACAUCUCGUCCGUCUCUCGCAGGAUCACUCAACGGGGGAUUGGGGGUGUCAACCUCAACCAAAGAGGGAAAUCAGAAAUCAUCCGGAAAGUUGACAGAGAGGAUCAGAGCGGGGGAAGAAGAUGCUGUUCGGGGUGGAAAAAUGAGGAGGACCGUAUUCGCCUAGCUCGGGAAAUCAAGCGGAAUCUCUUUGUAUCGCGAAAUCCGGAAGAUCCUCAGGAAAUCGGUGCUGCCGAAGACCUCACGAAGCUUGAAUCAUCUUGGGAUGACCUCGAAGAUGCGCUACGCAGGAUUCCUGGCGCGAAUUUGGCAAGUCAGUCAAAAUUGGGGGAGAUUGCAGAGUCGCAGGUGAAGGGGGGCCUGCAGGGGACACCUGGCGACGAUCUGAGAGGGGGGUGGGGAUCGUUUGGUCGGUCGAUUGAACAUCUCUACAACCACUCGUGGCGGCCAAUUGCAGAGGAGCGCUGGAUAUGGGUUCCCAAGCCCGCUCUGCUAGGGGAGACGGGUUAUCCAGCCCGACCCGAAGAAAUCCGGAGAGAGGGGUGGCGUGCGCGUAGGGUUCGCAGAGUCCGACCUCCGCCGCCGCUCACCAAGACCUUUGCCCAGGCUGUGGAGUCAGACUCCAUGGGUUGGGAAGAAUCCAGGAUGGAGCGUGGGGAUCACCGUGGUGUGCCCCCAAAGCGAGGGUUUGAGGAAGACCGAAGGGGGAGCCGAUUCCAGGAUGAGGAGGAGCGCGAAGCCAGGCGGCAUGAAGACCUCAACCGUGAAAGGCAACUCCGGGAGAGGAUGACAAGGGGGCGUGAGCCAUACAGGAUGGGAGAUCCGUGGGGGUUCAGAGAUGGCGACCAAUUUGGGAAGAGAAGAGCUAUGGAGCCGACCGAUCUGGAUCGAGGCAAUUAUCAGAACAGCCAGAGAGUCAGGUUUCAGCAAAGUCAGGUUACCUCCUACACUUCUGCUCUUGACAGGCUUGGUGGCAUUCACAGGGAGCAGCAGAUGAAGGGGAAGGAUGAUCUUUCUGGGAGCAAGAACUCUGCUGAGACUGGAAGGAGUGGAGUUUGUUUCAGGUGUAGACAAGAGGGGCAUCAUCAAGCCGACUGCACAAACCCCCCAUUCUGCUUCAAUUGCAAGGAAACUGGACACAUGGCAGCAAAGUGUCCCAGCAACAAAGGAGCCUCUAUGCACAUGUAUGGUUUUGGCUUUCCAGGACAGGGGUUUCAUUGUCUGAAGAUUCCAGGCGCAGUCAAGCAGCAGUCGGGAGACCAGGUUGGUUUGAUUCAGGUUAAAAGUGGGGAUGCUGAUGUGUUCAAGAUAGAGAAAGAACUGAAGAACCUCAUUGAUAGCAAAUGGUCUUGGAAAGUUAAGCAAAUCUCUGAAUCAAAAUACCUGGCCACAUUCCCAAACAAAAUGAUCCUAGAUACUUUCUCCCGGUCUAAGAGUUUGGAUUUGGCGUUGUUCAGCAUCAACGUCUCAAUCUCGCGUUCCAGCUUAGAUCCUAUGGCAUCAACAGUCCUACAAACAGGUUGGAUUCAGCUUUUCAAUGUCCCUGACCCCGCCAAAAACAUUGAAGUUGUCACUCUUAUUGCUGAGCUAGCUGGGGAAGUGAUGGUGGUGGAUGAGGUUUCCUUGAUCAAAGAUGGACCAGUGAGAGUCAAACUGAGAGCGAGAGAGAUAGCGAGCAUCAAAGGGUUUCUGGAAAUUUUCAUCGAGGGGGUAGGAUUUGAGAUCAAGGUGUUACCUGAAACCAAAGACAAGGUGGUUCGGCCAAAAGACCCUUCUCCACCACCCAAGAAUCCUGAUGAUAGGGACUCCUCUGAGGAAGACGAUGACGCAGAUGAUCUAUCUGACUUUGAAAGCAAAGUAAACCGCGCCAUGGGAGAGCCUCCCGCACAGUCUGGUACCAAGGCGCCAGCAGCUGGAAAGAGUGCGGCCACCAAGCAACGGCCACUCCAAGGGGGCGAACCAGGAGACGAGCUACCUGAGAAACGGGCUGCUGAGCUACAAGAACAUGAGCAGGUACUCGAGAUAAUGCCCCUUGACAUCUAUGACCCGACUGCGAAGGUGCUAGAUCACAGUCUGGGCAUAUAUGGUCAACUCUCGCAGGAAUCAGACAAAUCAUCGGUGGAGACAUCCAAGGGGCUGGAACAUGCCGUUGCCCCUCCUUCUGGGCACUUCCUGAUACACACUGAGGGGGGAGGGCUCAGCUUUCUACCAAAAGACAAAUGGCCAACAUUGCAGCUAGAACAAAGUGGUGGGACUGGGGGGGAUCAGCUUCAGUUUUCAACCUUACCGGGGUUGGAAUUAAACUCUCAGGAUUCUUUAGGAGGAGGAGAAAUUGAGGAGGAACAGCCUGAACCUCAGGAGGCGCCAGUGGUGCUGAUCCAUGAGGACAAGGAAGAAUGGGAAAUGGUUAUCCCUUCCAAAAAGAGACAAAUCAAGAGGAAGGGGGUCCCUGCGGUCGCUGCGAGGAAAAGCAACAGGAUGGUGACCUCACGAGAGCCUUCGGCGCCGGGGAUUACUUCUGUUGUAGCAGGUAAUUCUAACUCUUCUAAUUCAUGUUUUCGUAUUCUUAGUUCCUGUGAAGAGGAAGAUCUAGAAAACAUUGCUGCAUACUGUGAUGUGAUGCUUGGGGGGGAUAAGACAGAAAUUUCAGAGUCCAUCUCAGCCAUGCAAUUGGAAGAGAUAGCUAGAGCUGUAGUAGCUGAGGCGCUAUACAAAACACAAAUGGGGAAAAAAUUGCAGGAACAACACAGUCUUGAGGGGGAGAAUCUGAGUCUAGAAGUGACCAGCAAUGAUCAGAGGAAACACCUGAAUGAAAAAGGUUCCCAAACACAUGAAGGAGAUAGUGAGCCCAAUACGACUCCAAACGUCAACAAUGGGGGUGACGAUCCACUGAGACAGGGUACUGCAAAGGUUCUGGGGGAGGGACCAAUGCAAACUGAUAGCGAAGCACAGGGGGAGUCCUUAUCCACUCUGGAAGAGAGACAAACUAGGGGGGAUAUGCCAAAAAAACCUCAGUCGAAGCCGAAAGGGAAUAGGCUCAGCCGUGAGCUGAAACGAAUAAGCACCAAAUGAAAGCACUCAUUUGGAAUGUCAGAGGCUUGGGCAAUAAAUCAAGAGUGAGACAGCUUCGUGAACUAAUCCAACAAGAACAAGUGGACAUAGUGGGCUUGCAGGAGACAAUCAAACAAGAUUUCAGUUAUGCAGAAUUAGAAAGUUUAGCACCAGGGGGGCUUUUUAGUUGGAAGUGGACUCCAGCGCAAGGUCACUCAGGUGGGAUUCUGCUGGGAGUUAAACAAGACAUCUUACAAGUAGAGAAUUGGGAGACAGAUGAUUUUUUUGUGGGGGCGACUAUUAGACACAGACUGCUGAAUGUGAGAUGGGACCUUAUUUCAGUUUACGGGCCAGCCAAACAUGAGUUCUCUCCUAAUUUUAUAGAUAAUCUAACCAGAAGAAGUGAGAAUGCCACUCUACCCAUUCUGUUGGGAGGUGACUUUAAUCUGAUUAGAAGCAGCGCGGAUAAAAACACUGGGGGAGGAGACAUCAGACUCAUGAAUCUGUUUAAUGACUUCAUUGAGAGAUGUGAUUUGAGAGAAAUUCAUAGGAGCGGGGGGAGCAGGUUCACAUGGACCAACAAGCAAGAGAACCCGACUAUGUGUAACCUGGACAGGGUUCUAGUAAGCACUGACUGGGAGGAGAAAUUCCCCACGGCCACCCUAACUGCUCUAACCAGAGUGGGUUCGGACCACAGCCCUCUCUUGUUAGAUACGGGGGGUAGUAACCAACAAAAACCUAGACAAUUCUUCUUUGAAAAACAGUGGUGUUUGGAGGACAAGUUUGAGAAGACAGUGAAUUCGAAAUGGGAAUCUGCCAAGAUCAAAUGGCAUAUGAAUGCCUACUCAUUGGAUAAAUGGCAUGGGGGUCUGGGCUACCUCAAGCAAGCUUUAAAAGGUUGGGGGGGCAAUCUUCGCGGAGAGUACAAAAGGAGGAAAAAUGAACUCUUAGCCAGGAUCCAAGAACUUGAUAACACAUCAAACGCGGACAACCCUGAGGGUGACCAUUUCAGUCAGCGAGCCAGGCUCGAGUGUGAACUUGAGAAACUCAUGGAGAAGGAGGAGAUCUACUGGCAGCAAAGAGGGGGAGAAAAAUGGGUGCUGGAGGGAGAUUCUAAUACAGGCUUUUUCCACUUAGUUGCCAACGGGAGGAGACGGAAAAAAACCAUACUGUCCUUGGAACAUGAGGGGGGCAUUGUUACAGACCCGAGGGGAAUUCAAAACAUCAUAUACAAAUACUACAAACAACUCUUUGGGAAAGGACAAGCCAGAACAGUACACUUGGCUGGGGGGGCAUGGGCUGAGGCAGGCAGACUAUCACCAGAAGAUAAUAUAGAACUGACCAAACCCCUUAGUGAGGAGGAAGUGAGGAAGGCGAUCUUCGACAUGAAGGAUAACACUGCGCCAGGACCAGAUGGUUUUGGAGUCAUCUUCUACAAAACUUGUUGGAGUAUCAUAAAAGAGGUUUUCAUGGAAAUGAUCAAUGAUUUUUAUCUGGGCUCUUUGGACAUCGCCAGGCUUAAUUAUGGAGUGAUAACACUAAUACCAAAAGUCACAGAAGCCAAUAAUGUCAAGCAGUACCGACCCAUUUGCCUUCUGAAUGUGAGCUUCAAGAUUUUCACCAAGUUACUUGCAGACAGGCUGGCUAAGUUAGCCCACAAAGUCGUCUCACCGUGCCAGACAGCGUUUAUCAAGGGGAGAUACAUAGUGGAUGGAGCCGUCAUGCUACAUGAGAUUGUGCAUGAACUGCAAAGCAAAAACAUGAGGGGGGUCAUUUUCAAGAUUGAUUUUGAAAAAGCUUACGAUAGUAUCUCCUGGGACUUUGUGGACGAGGUUAUGCAAAGGAAAGGAUUCGAGGACAAGUUAAGGGGUUGGAUCAUGAGUACGGUCAAAGGGGGGAGGGUCUGUGUGACCAUCAACGGGACUAAUGGACCAUAUUUCAAAACACAUAGAGGACUAAGACAAGGGGACCCUCUGUCUCCUCUUCUCUUUAAUCUGGCGGCAGAUGCUCUUUCACAUAUCAUGAGUAAGGCCAAAGAAGCAAAUCUGAUCAAGGGGGUGAUUCCACAUUUAAUCCCAGGGGGGGUAACGCACUUGCAAUAUGCCGACGACACUAUCAUUAUGGUUGAAGGCGACCCCGACUCGAUCAAAAAUUUGAAGUUUCUGUUGUAUUGCUUCGAGUGGAUGUCUGGGCUUAAAAUCAACUAUCAUAAGAGCGAAAUGAUUACUUUCGGUAUGGAUGACAGUGAGCAACAACACAUUGCUAAUAACCUGAACUGCAAUGUGGGAAAGAUGCCGAUGAGAUAUCUGGGUUUCCCUAUCAGUAGCAGAAACAUAGGAGUGGGGGGGUUUAAGAACAUUGUAAACAAAAUGAGGAAGAAGUUACAACCAUGGAAAGGGAAACACCUGUCUUCUGGGGGCAGGCUUAUUCUGACUAACUCCUCACUAAGUAGUUUGCCCACUUACACGAUGGGCAUGUUCCUGCUGCAAGACGGGGUUCACAAACAAAUGGAUACUAUUAGGAGCCAAUUUUUUUGGAGGGGGGACAGCGAGAAGUUCAAAUACCACAUGAUGAAGUGGGAGAAUGUCUGCCUACCAAAAGAUUUUGGAGGGCUUGGGAUCACAAAUACUAGGAUUUUUAACGAAUCCAUCCUGAUGAAAUGGGUGUGGCGAUUAUAUACUAGCUCAGAGGACGACCUCUGCUGUCAACUCCUCAAACAAAAAUAUCUUAAAAGGAAACCAAUCCUCUGCCAAAAAGGAAACAGAGGUUCACAAUUCUGGAGGGGGUUGAACAAGAUUAAACAUGGUUUCAGCUGGGGGGCUGUCUUUGAGGUCAAGGAUGGAAAGUCGACCAGAUUUUGGGAGGACGUCUGGAGGGGAGACAUUCCCCUUAAGAUAGCCUACCCCAAACUUUAUGAGCUAUGUAAUGAUAAAACACGGCUGGUAAGUGAUUUCUACAAUGAUGGAGAGUGGUACAUUAGCUUCAGGAGAUCGUUGGGGGGGGGGCAGACCUUGAAUUGUGGAAGGACCUCAUGAGUCAGCUUGAAGGAGUGCGGCUGAACAGCGAAAAAGAUAAAGUAACCUGGGUUCUGGAAAAGUCAGGCCGGUUCACAACUAAAUCGAUGUAUAGGUGGUUCCUACAUAGAGGGGUACUCAACAAACGCUUGUGCAGAAUUUGGAAGUGCAGACUUCCGGUGAAAAUCAAAGUGUUCCUUUGGCAAAUCUCAAAUAACAGACUUCCAACAGGGGCCGAACUUAAGAAAAGAAACUGGAGGGGGAGCGCAGUGUGCAACAUAUGUGAAACCUCAGAAACGGCAGACCACAUUUUUUUCUCCUGUGUUAUGGCAAAAUUUGUGUGGUCUUGCUUUAAAGAAGCUUUGGGAUGGGAUUGAAUUCCUGCUAGUUGGCAAGAUCUUUUAGACAACUGGAUCCCGCUAGGGGGGGCAGAUUAUAAUUCCAAGUUGUUCACAUUCGCAAUUAUUCUGUGGUCGAUUUGGACUUCAAGAAACAAACGGAUGAUUGAGGGCAAGUUCCCUCGAUCUCCAACUGAACUCUUGUAUAAUUGUAACUCGUUUCUGCAGAAAUGGAAGGUCCUGCUACGCGGAGGCGAGCGAAGCAAGGUUGAAGCCUGGACUGACCAAGCCAGAAGUUGGGUGGAGAUGUUCCUGGAGAAGCUGUGCAACAGACCUCAGGAUGGUUUCUUUAUGUGAAACUGCAACUUCAUUUUGGUGGCUGUUAUGUCGCUGACCCUUCUGGAUGUUACUAGGUCCUGGAACUCUAGAUGAGAGGGGUGGGCUUUCCCAGCUUGGAUUGCUAGUUUGUUUUUGUCUAUCCGAGGCCUGCGUGUCUCUGCUGGUCUUCAAAUUGUGCUGGUAUUCCCGGUCGUCUUUUGUACGCUACAAAAACGUUAUUGCUUUCUAUAAAAGCAGGGUUAAACCUUUUUCAAA